UGUAAGAUAUUCAAUAUCUUUUUCUUUGCAGCUACUACAGAGAUGCUGGAACUUGGAGCCCAACCUUCAAGAGAUUAACAUAGACAGCAGUUACAGUCAUCUGAUGAGAGAUUUCACUGUAACUGAGCAACAGGCACAGAAUUUGGAAGUCAUGACCAGGGGACAGCAUGAAAGCCCAGCUUGGCACAGACAAAGGCAAGGCAGGAUCACUGCGUCAUUUGUGCAUGAUGUUAAAACAUUGAAAAGUGACACUUCGCGAAAAUCAAUUGUGAAUAAGAUACUGAAAAUAGACCAAAAAAAUCUGAGCAAAAUUGAGGCAGUGAAGUUUGGAAUAAAAAAUGAGAAAGUAGCCAAAGAACAAUAUAAAACUCAAAUGAUGAAUGUGCACAACAAUUUUACAUUACGCGACUCUGGUUUAGUGGUUGACACAACAUGCCCUUUCUUUGCGGCAACACCAGAUGGUGUAAGAGAAUGUUCUUGUCAUGGGAGUGGGCUUGUUGAAGUCAAAUGUGUAUAUAAGCACAAAGACCAAGAAAUAAGUAACAUUGAUGACAAUACCUUUUAUUUAGAGAAAGACGACUUAAGUUUGAAAAAAGGACACAGAUACUUUACACAAGUGCAAUUUCAAAUGUAUGUUUGUAGUAAAACAUUUUGUGACUUUGUUGUGUUCACAGAAAAGGGAAUUCAUAUACAAACAAUUAACUAUGACUCAGACUUUGUGCAGGAGUUGAUUGAAAAAUGUGACAGUUUUGUAAAGAAUGACCUUCUUGUUGAAAUUAUUCAAAGGAAACUGUUGUAAAUGUAGAAUUGUAGUGAGAACUUUGUAUAAACCAUGUAAAUACUAAGUAAACACUUUUAGAUACUACUUGUGUUAUAUGGUCGAAAAAAAAAUAAAUUUAGAUAAUCACUUAUUGGUUGAUGUUGUAUUAUAUGUACUUAACUUAAUAUACAAGGUUUUGCUAGCUUUAGGUGGGCUAUAUGAGAAGAUACUUCAUAUGUUGCAUAGGUAACUUUAUUUACAAAAUGAAAGACAUAGAGUAAAUUAUACGAAAACAUGACAUAACAUAGAAAACAAGCAAUUAUCAUAGUAUUGCAAGCAAUCCAUAAGUCUCCUGCCGGUUAGGACCCC